AUGUCUGAAAGGAAAGAGAGUAAAUGGGCAAACUCAGUUUGGACUAAUUACGCACUGAACAUUGGAUUACAUCCAUUUGAUUAUGCUAAAGUAUUAAUCCAACUGGGAUAUGAACCAAUUCCUCCACGACCAGCUAGAGAUUUUUUCGGUAAACCCGCUUUAAAACUUCCCAACAUUUUCCAAUAUGUGAACUACAUCAGGCGUAUCGACGGAAUAGUCGGUUGCUAUAGAGGCCUGGCGCCGAAACUGUGCGGGAAUUUAUUGAGCAUGGCGGUCACUCAGAAGAUGAUGGACUUAAUGCCGCCGGAUGAUGAGAAGGAAGACGAGACGGAGGAGGACAGACUGGGAAAGUUCAUCAAGACGAUGAACUGCGAAUUGGUAUGUCGUGCGGCUGGUGUGAUUGUAAGCCAGCCGUUUUGCGUCAUAUCGGUCAGAAUUAUGGCUCAGUUCGUCGGCAGAGAGACCAAAUACGACGGUAUCUUAGAAUCCAUCCAUGAAAUUUACAAGCAACAAGGUCUUGUUGGAUUCUUUUCCGGUUUGAUGCCCAGGUUGCUAGGCGAUGUGGUCUUUGUGAUACUUGAGAACACACUAACGUACCUCCUGACCUCUUUUGUGUUGAAGCAGAAGGAGUUGCAGACUUAUAUGCCUCCGGCGACAUCUUUUUUGGCCACAUCUGUAACGUAUCCGUUUCAGGUAGUGACAAAUUGCAUGAUCGUCAAUGGUUCCGGAUUAGUGGCCGGUUCUACAAAGUUAAUGCCACAUUACGGCACAUGGAUGGAAUGCUGGAAGGAUUUGGCACAGAAAAAUCAACUUAAACGCGGCUCCAGCUUUUUGAUCAGAUACUACGCUGGACAAACUAUUAGUGCCAAGGAGUAA